UUAAAUAGGAAGCAGCAACAGCGUGUAGUCGCUUCAAGAUUAGCCAUGCGAUCGGUUCUGUUUGUACUCGCGGCUGUGGCGGCCGCCUCGGCCCAACUCGACCAGUAUUGGCUGGACAGGGCUGCUCUUCUCCAGGAGGAGGCCAGCACUUAUUUGGGCUCCAAGAUAAAUCUAACAGCCGACGAGCAGCGUGUUAAUGACCUUUUAAUGUUAGCGAAGAGACAAAUUUAUGAGAGCUGUUUCGACCAAAUGUGCUUCCCUCCAGCCCGGCACUUUUUCGAUGCAAAAGCAGACAUCGAGAACUCUGAAGUCUUUCGCAUCAUUAAAAGAAUGCCAAAAGGUGCCGUCCUGCACGGUCACGACACAGGUAUGGUCGCCACGCAGUGGCUGAUCACGAAUGCCGUCACGAGGAGCGACCUGUGGGCCUGCACCAAGGUCAGCACCUCGCAACCAACCCCACCGAUGGAGCUCGACCUGCUGAAGCUGCUUUUUUCGAGCACCUCACCGCCGUCCAACACCUGUCCCGACGGCGCCUGGAUAUCAGUCGCUUCACUCAGGGAAAGCAACCCGAACGAAAUCGACCCCUGGUUCGAAUAUCACUUCUCGCUUGUCACUCCAGAUCCUGCUGGCAGGUACCCCAACAUCAACGUUGCCUGGGAGUAUUUUUCCCGUUUGUUUGAUGUCACCGGAGGCUUGCUUUCGUACACGCCUGUGUUCAGAGAUUAUUUCACGCAAACGCUGCAGGAGCUUAAAGAUGACAAUGUGCAGUACCUAGAGCUACGGGGGCUCAUGCUACCGACUUACAACCUGGACGGAACGACGCUGGACACGAUGCAGGUGGCGAAUAUGUACGCCGAGGCAAACGCUGAAUUCAACGCAGCGCAGUUACCAGGCGAGUGGUUUGGCUCCCGAUUCAUCUACGCACCGACCAGAAACGUGGACAACGCCACCGCAGAUGUCUACGUGCAGACGGCCCUCGCCCUGCUCAAUGCCCACCCUGACUACAUAGCAGGUUUUGACUUGGUCGGCCAGGAAGACAAAGGACGCCCCCUCGUCGAGUUUGUCAACCAAAUGUUUGAGCUUAGACAGCAAAAGCCGGAUAUUAAAUUUUUCUUCCACGCCGGAGAGACAAACUGGCAAGGAGAGACUGAUUUGAACUUAAUUGAUGCAGUAUUGCUUGGCACGACAAGGAUCGGCCACGGAUUUGCUUUGUCCAAGCACCCAACUGCUAAAAGACUCGCCGCAGAAAGGGGAAUCGCCAUCGAAGUCAAUCCGAUCUCCAACCAGGUGUUGAAACUCGUCGAAGACCUAAGGAACCAUCCAGUCGCUACCCUGCUGGCCGAGGAUUUCCCCGUGGUCGUUUCCUGUGAUGAUCCCUCCUUCUGGGGUGCUAAGGGCCUCAGCUACGACUUUUACCAGAUGUUCAUUGGGAUCGCUAGCAAAGAGGCCGACCUCAGGUUCCUCAAGCAACUGGCAAUCAACUCACUCCAGUACAGCUCCAUGCCGGCAGACGAGAAGGCGUGCGCUCUUGAGGCAUGGGCCAUCCUCUGGGACCAGUUCAUCAGCACUACUCUCGGAAACCCGGUGGACACGACAAAGAAAAAUAGGGCAGUGUGUGUUGACUCUUGGCAAAACAAGGUGAAGCUUUACACCAACAAAUUGUAGACUUUGAUUAGAAAAAAAAACGAACACAAAGAUAUGGCUUUGUUGAAACUGAUAA